AUGGAAUCCGAAAACAUGGCCACCACAAUGCACAACAUGAACAAAUGCCGUUCAAGACACACCUCUACACUACAGGAUUUGACUGCCAUUUCAAGGAUAAACCAGGAUGAUGAAAUUUCCCAGGAUCAUUUUUCUUUAUCUUCAACUAUUCCUCGCAGCCAAGACAUGGACCAGUGGACAUUAAGCACAUCAGACUCUUUGGAAUCCAGCCCAAUUGGUACUCAACCAGAGACUCCAGAGGUUACCAUGCUUUCGUAUUCCUUUUCACAACAACUUAUUCCUGGUGCUACGGGGAUCAAUGACUCGGCAGCCAUGUUCCACUCACUAUCUGACAUCCAGGCUGCUGGUGGCCUUGGUGAACACACCGAGAUGGACUAUUCACACCCCCACCACUUUGCUCAAGCUUUUGCUUCUUCCUUGUUUGAAUACAAUUACGAAAAUGAUGAGGCUGCUCAGAGUUGUAUGCAUGAUGAUUCUGCAUCUCUGGGUCACAACUCACCCAAUGAAGAUGGCCAAUUGUUUUCCACACAGGACACCUGGAAUUUAUCCUUGGACACGACAAACCUUGUUGGAGCCCAGUAUGACCAGAUCUCGCACAUCUACUCGCCGCCCGUUUCGCCUCCUCUCACAGAGGCCAGCAAGGUAUCUGUAACUUCUGCAUGCUCUCAGCCAGCCUACUACCAAGUAAACGAGGAGAAGAUCAACAUCCAGGACUCUUUCCACCCCUUAUCGCCUCCUUUGAAUGACCAGGACCCAAACAGGACUAUCAGGCCUACUAAGCAAAGCCAGCGACCCUUAUUGUCGGCAUCCACUUCUCGGCCUGCCAGGAAAUCCGACCCUGAAGCGUAUGCUUUGCCUAUUGGAGAAUCCGUUCGAGGAGCCAAGGAAAAGACCGAAGUCAGGACUCCUCGGGACCACCCUUACUAUUCACUGUCAACCCAAAGCGACGGGAAAUACUACUGUCCUUUUGCGACGGGAGAGAACCCAUGUAACCACACACCCACCACCCAGAAAUGUGCUUACCACAAAUAUUUGGAUUCCCACUUGAAGCCAUAUAGAUGUAAGGUGGCUACUUGUGCUGCUCAGAACCUGCACUUUUCUUCCAACGCUUGCCUCUUCCGUCACGAACGUGAAGCCCAUGGAUUCCACGGCCACGGAGACAACCCACAUUUAUGUUUUUACCCAGGAUGUGAAAGAGCUGUUCCCGGAUAUGGAUUUCCCCGCCGCUGGAACCUCUUUGACCACAUGAAGCGGGUACACGAUUACACUGGAUCCGAGCAACCCAGUUCUCCAGAGUCGAAUUCUGUUGGCCAGGUUCUCAAGAAGAAAGAUUCCACCGGUGUGCGCAAGCGAAAGGUUACCAAGCCAGUUACUGCAACCACCAUGAAGAGGACCAAGUCGACUUCUUCCCAAGGUAACACUGUUAAAGUCAACCCUGCCCAGCACGAACAGCGUCUACGAAAUGCGGAGCAGAACUACUAUGACUGCCGUACAAGACUGCUGGAGAAACUCGCUGGCAUCAAACCCGAGGACACGGUCAUGCAUGAAAAGGCCAAUGCCAGCCUCCAGGAGCUUAUCACUCUCGGCUUGAACUACCGCCAGCUCGAGGCCAGCUCGGCUGCCACCACCUUCUCCAACGUUUGA